CGCGAAACUAAUCCUUGGAAGAGAUUGGAACUCUAUUAAAGAUCCACUUUUGGAUUGUGUGCCACCACGUCCGUGAAGUAAGCAAAGAUGAGGGUUUCCACCUCUCAACUACAGCAGCUCACCAUCUUCACCACUUUGCUGACUGGUGGAGGGAUUGGCACCAUGUACUACCUACAGCAGAAGACAUUCAUUAAGUCAGAUUACCAUGGACUGGCUCUGCAAAAGUUGGAAGCAUGUCCUGCUGCCAUGGAAAGCCUGGGGGCCCCACCUUUAAAAGUCCACAACAUCCGUCUGACUGACAGAAACAACGUUAUAACUCAGCACAUGGCACAGCUAAAGAUCCCUGUGACUGGGUCAAAAACUGGAGGCUAUCUGCAUACUUCUUCAGUUAGAGACCCUAAUACCAACAGGUGGAGUCUGAAGCAGGCAGUUCUAAAGAUCCGGGAAGGACAGACCAUCGACCUGAUGAAUCCUCCUCCACCAUUUGCAGCACAAACCCAGGCAGCAGAGCACACAGAUGGGCUCUCCAUGUACUGAGAACAAUGAAAGUGGAAGAUGACCUGUUCUAACAGGUGCUGAGUGGAGUUCUACUUAACCCAAAUAAAAUGGAGUUCUAUCUACCAGUUGGCAAAUCAUCAACUCUAGUAUGGUUUUGAAGAGACAACUGGUAUUCUUGAUGCACAGAUCUGUGAGUGUCAGUGGGCUUCCAACAAACUGCUUUGGAUUGUUGUGUUAUGUCUCUGUGAUUGUUUUUGAUUAAUUCAUGUGAUGCUGGCAUGUUGCAGAGACUGUUGUGCUGCUCUAUUAAUUACUACAUACCUAAGUGGCUACGUAAGUUGUGGCUCCUGUCAAAAAAGAAAAGAUCAUAGUAAACACAACACAGAACAAUGAUAAUAACUGUACUGGGUUGAAGUUGAAUUUAUUCAGUGAAAUGUGACGCUCAUGCACAGACUUGUUCACAGGCUGCUUCUCCUCAGACUAACUAAUCUCAACUAUAUCAAAUUGUGGUUUUUCAUGUGGGAGAACAACAAUAGAACAAAUCAGUGCCAUAAAACUAUGAACCUUUUUACUAUUUGGACAUAUGUGCAAAUACUACCUUCAGGUAGGGCUGUACCGAAUGUAAUUAUUUUUGACAUUAAAAGCUUCUAUUGAGCUUUUUGAAUUAAGCAAAUGUCUGUCAUAUUUUAUGUCAUCACCUUAAAACAAACAAAACCUCACAUUACUCAUGCAUGCGAGUUUAACCACGGAACCCUUUGUUUAUUCACCACAAACAGCCAUAAUACUGUAUAUUAGCCGUAUGGAAGUGAGCAAUGUGUCAAAAACUGAGCUCUCCUCUCCCGAUAAAUGGCUUUGGAUCAGACCAGGAUCCAGUGUGACUCUGGGUGUUUAUUCUUCCAGAAGUUCCAGUCUGCCCCCAGCUCUCAGCAGCUGUCUGCUGGUGGUUGUCCCUCCACCCUGCCUGCUACUCCUCACACAACGUUCUACAAAUUCCUGCAAUACAAAUGAUAUUGAAGGUGACAAACAUCCAGUUUUCCUCACUUCCUCCCCACUGUCAUCUCUGCUUGCAGUCAGUGGAAGGGACAAAUAUGUGAAGAAAACAUGGAUGCAAUAGAGAAUUAAGAUGUACUUUAUGUUGUUAAAUUGUCAUAUCCUUGAUUAUUAUUGACCGACUCACAGCUGACAUGUAUGUGCAUUAGGACUAAUAUGCAGCUGUGAUCACUGACAUAAUUGGUUAUCGAUAUGGUUAUUGACAUAAUUUCGAUAGUUAGUUCCAUUUUGGAUCCGACUCCUGGUCAGAAAAAAAACCCAAAUUUGUAAAGCACCGGCACGUUUCCCCUAUCCUUUUUAUGAACAAAGAGUCAUGGAAAACAUGUAAGUAGUAGGCUUCCUGUCAACGGCAGAUUAGACCAGCUAUAUGUAAUUAAAGUGAGCUCUUCAAUGACUGUUUGUGGUUUAAGUGCUCUCUGUAGCUUGUGUCUGUAUUCAGCUAUAGUGUGAGUGAAAACUCUGCAACAAUACUGUAUGACUGCCAGUGGACUGUUGUUUUUGUAGUUCAACAGGGACCAACAGGGUGGUGACUCUUCAGCUAUUUGAAUGCCCUGAAAUAGAUGGUAAGGAAGUCAAAAGUUCAUUGAUUCAGUUCUGCAGCACAACAGCUUCAUUCCUGUUGCUGCUAUCACUUGGGUUUUCUUUUUUUGUGACUGCUGACUUAAUUUUUUGUUGUAAAAGCUAUUCUGUCUUCUCCCUAUGCCUUUGUCAGUUUCUCACCAACAAAGUUUUUCUCUUGUGUGGACUGUCAUGUGUUGAGUCAGAUUUCCUUUUUGUGCAAAUUUUUCACCACAAACAGGACAACUACAUGGUUUCUCCCUGGUGUGGACUGCCAUGUGUUGUGUCAGAUUUCCCUUCUGGGUAAAUCUUUUACCACAAAGAGAACAACUAAAUGGUUUCUCUCCAGUAUGACAUCUCAUGUGUGUCUUCAGAUGAUGCUUCUGGCCAAAUUUUUUACCACAUUUUAAGCAGCUAAACAAUUUGCCAUUGUUAACAAUAUCAUUUCCAGGAACUUUAUUUUGCAUAGUAUUUAAAUCUGUCUGAGGCAUCUUGAUCUCCUUCUGAUCAUCACCCCUGUCUUCAGUCACAGCUUUGGGAGAGUGUGAAGUCUUGUUGUCAGAUCUAGAUACACAUUUAAAACCAGAUACCAAGAUCCUGUCUAGUUGUGAUGCUCCACAGUCCUCUCCAUCAUCUUUUUUCAUCUGUUCAAUUAAGCUGCUGGCUGAAGCUUCUGACUCUCUAUUGUCCUCAGUUUGUCUCUGAUGAAGCUGUGAGGACUGAGGUUUCUCUUCAUCAUCUUCACUCUUCACAGGGACAUGUGUGAAUGGGAACUUAAUCAUAUCCUCCUCAUGCAGUCCUUGCAGCUGCUCACCUUCCUGACAGGUCCAAAAAUCCUCCUUUUCUUCUUUUAUGUGUGGGUGCUUUGAGUCCUCCUGGUCCAGACUGGGGCUCCACUCCUGCUGCUCUUCUUUAAUCAUCAAUGGCUGCUUAACAUCUGCAGAAAAGACUACCGACACACAAUCAACUUUAAGUCAAUCCAAACUUCAUACCUUUAUUUAUUUUAAUGAGAUGAGUGGUGUACAGGAGCUUCUGAGAGUGAGAGGGUUGAGCAUAAAAUUAGAACUAAACGGAAACCAAAAACAGUCAUUUCGUCUUUAUUGUGGUUACCUGCUAAAUAAAAAAAAUACAUAUAAAAUU